GUUAUCAAGUACAAAUUCCUCAAAGUUGAAUGGAACUGAAAGGACUGGUCCGUCGAGUAUUCUAUUUAAAUUUAUAAAAAAAAAAGACUAUCAAAGUAAUAUUUUCGGUUCGUUUUAAAAUUUUAGUACAAGUAAGUGGGGUAUAUUUGUUUAUAUUGAAGAUAUAACACAGAACAUCCGACUCGUUUGGAUCUAGGACGAGCGCACAAUUAAAAUGGGUAUUAACCCGAUGAAGUGGAAAACUAGAAGUGUACUAUACUCCACGUUAGCGUUAUUCGCGUUUUAUAUGCUCUUUGUGUAUAAGAAAAAGAAUCAAGUAAUAUUUGAGGACACCAUAAAUGACUCGAAUCCGAUACAUGUUUGGGAAUACGUAGCCGAUUUUAGCAAUAUGAAGAAAUUAAAUCCAACACUUGAAGAGUUUAACAUAAUCGCGGAAAGUGGUAAUUAUGACCAUUGGAAAUAUUCGGUCGAGUAUACGGAACAUUUAAGUCACAUACCGAUUAUUCGACAUGUUGCACAGGGUCAUUAUGCCGUAAGGCAAGAUAGCAACGGUUAUUUGAUCACAUCAAAACAUCAUACGUGCUUCUUCUCCAAAUUCGGAUGCUUGGAGUCAAUAUCGCAAUUCAGAUUUGACCGAGACGGUAUUAACGACACAAAGUGUAUGGAAACGGUGCAAUACGAGUGUCCGAUCGUAUUUUCGGAACUGUGCUUCAGGGAAGUCAUGUAUCAACGAGAAGAAAUUAUGAAAAGAUUGAAAUUAGAAUUCUCGUUGGCUAAAGUUAAAAACAAUUAACACACAUUUAUAAUUAUCGUACAUUAAGAGUUCAGAUGUUUUGUUAUACACUGUUUAACUCUUAGAAGUCAUGAUCAGCUGAGGAUUAAUAUUGAUCUAAAAUAAUAUAAUAUGGUUCGAGUCUCUUAGAAGCCAAAUUGAUCAAGUCCACGCAAUAAAAAGCACCGAAAGUUAACGAUAUUUGAACAUCGCCG